GCGACGUUUCCGUCCGGCAGGUCCCCCGGCUAAGUCCCGUCCUAACCGGGCGAUCGUUUCGCGCGCGAUUCAACGCGAAAAAGAGCCGCGGCCGCACGGUGGGUGCGCACGCAAGGGAGAACGGCUCGUCGCCGCUGUCGCCGGCUCGGCCAGUCUACUGGAAGAUUCCAUUGCGAGUGGGCUUUCAAAAAGUUCCGGACCCGUCGGCGAGUCUCCGCUGACACCGUCGCCGGGACGUCGUCACCGGACACACCAGGUACUCCAUGGACUAAAGCAGCGCAGGAAAAACACGAGGGUGCGAGCAGACCACGCAAACGUGCCGGCGGACGGAGAUCUCUCGCGGCGUUUCGGGCAGGGAGGAGGAUUGCGCGACGAGCUCGCGAAAUAGCUAAGAUAUCGGCUCGCGGAGGAGAGAAAAGGCGAUUCGGCGGGAAGAAAAAUACAGAACAUCCCGUCGGUCCGUCGCGCUGUUUAUCCUGGGAAUCGAGCCGAGCGCGGGCGCCACGAUACACUACCGCUAUCCGUGCGAUUGCCUCGAGGACGGGCGAACGUAUUCCGGAAAGGAUCGGGCGGAGCGAAGGAAAACAACGUGCGCAGGGAUACGGAAAAAGGAUAUGUACCGAGAGCCGAACAGUUCGUCGGGCAGCGGCGCCUCUACUAAGGGCGACGAGGUCGAGCUCGUCAGUAGAUUCCUGGCGCCGCUCUGCGACAGGGACGAGGCGGCCAGGAACAUCGCCUUGGCCGUGGCCAGGACCACCGUCGAAGGAUGGUUGGGUGGUGUCGGCAGUCCGAAUCACUGGGAGGACACCGGCGAGAUCGAGGACAGCAAGAACGCGGCCGGCAGGUUCUCGGCUCAAGACGGAAGAUACGACAUGAGUAUCGAGCGCUCGCCCACGAGGUCGUCCCCGAGGAGUCCCCAGCACCAAUUGCUGCUGGAUUCGUUCCGAACGGAGGGUUUCUUCCCGCAGAGUGUGAACGACGGCUCGACCUUCUUCGACGAGAACAAUCCAGAGUGCCCGGAACGAUACCCGGCCGAUGCGUUCGACUGCGUGGAUGGUCGCCUCGGCAACGAGAGGCGGAGGUACACCGGCGACGGCGUCGAGAGCUGCAGGUCCGGUCACUCGACGUCCUCGGACGAGGGUGGUAAGGGCUUCAAGAUCGAGCAGCCGACGCAGCAGCAGCAGCAAGGCAGGUGCCUGCGAUUCAAGGACGGCUCGGAACCGCGCUUCAGCUCAGAGCCGCGUUUCGGCUCGAGCUGCGAGAGCGAGCGCAAGUACCAUCCGGGCUCGUCGUCGAGCGACCGGUCGAGCGACGACUGCUGCCCCGGCAGAACGAAGAGCAGCUACGCGAAGGUGAAGGGCGCCAAGCAGAAGCAGCUGGAGGACGAUGAGCUCGACGCGGACACGAGGGUGUACGGCAAGAGUCCCAAGUUCGACGACAACCUGAGCGGCUUCGGACACCCGCGCAGCGAGGCCGCCUCCGCGUUCGACUGUCGGAGCUUGAGUCGUCGAUCUAAGAUCGCUGGCGGUGGCGGUGGUGGUGACAUGUUGACGCACGAGCGCCGAUACUACGACAGCGGCGCCGAUGACGACGUGUCCUUCAACGAGAGCGAGGUGGCGAGCGCGCGCCGCAGCGACGGGGUCGUCUUCAACACGCUGGACGGCUUCGAGAACGAGAGCGAGCUUUACCGGCAGGAGAACACGCGAGAUCCCGCGCGCAUGAACCUCGACGUCAACCUGGAGGACGAUCGCGAGGCGAUCUACGCGCGCGGCGACGACGACAACGCGGAGGAUUCCCGUGCGUGCCGACCGCGGUCCGAGCAGGACUACUUGCGCAAGAACGACGAGCGGAAGUUCAGCGCAGGGCAAAUCAAGAGGCCGCUCUCGCAGGACGACGACGUGUCCUCCAAAAGCGGCAGGGUGCUCGAGAGCCCGGAGGUGACGCCUGGCGACGUCGGCAGGAUGCUGAACCUGGGUAACGCCUUGGACGGACCCAGACAGGCGCAGGCCAACAAGUACCUCAGUUUAGUGACGCUGCACUUGCCAGUGAUCCUCAGGCUCAGCGUCAACUGUCCCUUCCAGAACGUCAGGAUCAAGUGCGCGGAGAUCCUCGAGAUGGUAAAGGAUAGAGGACUUCCAGUACCGGUACCGGCCUUCGAUGGACCUAGUGCCUUCGUCCCUGUUUCGGAGCUGCCGGAUCUGAACAAUUUGGAUGAAAAGACGCAUAUGCUGUUGAUGGAUGCUUUCCUCCAGAAUAACAGACUGGAUCAUGUCUCAAGGGUAAUGUCCUCGCAUCCAACGUAUCUGGAUCAUUUCCUUCGGACGCAGCAUUUCAUCCUCAGGGGUGACGGACCACUUCCUUAUGACUACAGGCAUCUCAUUGCCAUUAUGGCCGCGGGUAGGCACCAGUGUAGCUACCUUAUAAACCUGCAGAAGGGAGAGUUCCUGCUGCAGGGCGGUGACCCCUCGUGGCUUCAAGGCCUGAGAUCGAUUCCAGGGAAGCUGCAAGAUCUCUAUGAGAUCAAUAAGAUCCUAGCUCACAGACCGUGGCUUCUGACCAAGGCGCACAUAGAGAAACUGACUAAGGGCGACGAUAAUUGGACCAUAGCCGAGGUUGUCCACGCGAUAGUCCUGUUAGCGCACUUCCAUUCUUUGUCAUCUUUCGUGUUUUCCUGCGGGAUCAACGAGGAAUUGGACAAUGUGACCGGCCAUCACUACAAGGACAACAGUCAGGACAAUAGUAGUAAGGUGCCACCAGCCAAAGAUAAACUCUCCAGCACUCCUAAGAAGAUCCCCAAUAAUGACGGCAAGACUGAAAAUAUACCGUCGCCGCCAUCAUCGCCGAGCAUAGUCGGCGAGCAGGAGGUCGGGGUGGAGACUCUGAUGGAACGUAUGAAGCGGCUCUCGGAAAAGUCCGAGUCCUAUCAGAUCACGCAAGAGGAGCUCUCGAAGAGAUUCGAGACUGUCGAGACGCAAUCAGCCGAGCUGGCGGCGGCGCCGCAGAGAAGUAGCUCGGUCCUCGACUCGGAUAUCGGUCUUUUCAUCGAGGACCCCACUUUCAUCUACCAGGAUUUCGCCAAGCGCGGUCAGCUGAACGACAUACCGACCUUCCGCGUCCAGGACUGCUCCUGGGACGAUCACGGCUACUCCUUGGUGAACCGUCUCUACAACGACGUCGGCAAUCUGCUCGAUGACAAGUUCAAGACCGCGUACAAUCUCACGUACUACACGAUGGGCACGCACAACAAGGUCGACACGUCGCGCUUCAGACGGGCGAUCUGGAACUACAUACAGUGCAUGUUCGGCAUAAGGCACGACGAUUACGAUUACAAUGAGGUCAAUCAAUUGCUCGAACGAAGCCUGAAGACCUUCAUCAAGAGCGCCGUUUGCUAUCCGGAGCGCGUCACCAAGAGAGACUACGACCGCGUUAUGAGGGAGUUCAAACACAGUGAAAAGGUCCACGUGUGCCUGAUGAUCCUGGAGGCUCGCAUGCAAGCGGAACUGCUAUAUGCUCUUCGUGCCGUAAUGCGGUAUAUGACGUAAAGCGGAGUCCAGCGUCACCCCUUCGCCUGUCUGCUGUCUAUCAGUCAGUUUGUCGAUUUGUUUCCCCGCGCGAAUAGGCGCGAUGUUUUCGCGGGGUCAUGCACACGGCACGGAAAGAACGAGCGAGCGAGCACUAUAUCAUCGAGAGUCUCAUACGAAACAUACAUGCACGCGACUUCGGGAGAAAGAGAGAAAGAGAGUUGGAUGGAUAGAUAGAUAGAGAGAGAGAGAGAGAGAGAGAGAGAGACGACGGGACGAAUGGGGUCCGCUGCUCGGCGUGUGCGGCGCCAUCGUAAGGCCGUCGCUUCAUGGUUCGAUUGGUGGUGCCGCCGGCAAUGGACAGCAAUCGCGGCUCUUCAGCGAGCGCUGAAAAGGCGAUAACGAAGAAGCGAAGAAAAGGAGGGAGUAAAGAAGCAAGAACAAGAACGUUCGACGUAGAUUGUGAGGGAGCGGCCGGUGGAUCGCGCUGUUGUUUGAUCACUUGUUUCGGCUGCGCUUUCGGCGCGAUUCUUCGUCCAGCCGCUCGUCCGCGUUCAUCUAACGGCGAUUUCACCUUUUAUUCUUGGCGCGAACGCGUCGAUCGCGCAGCUCCCAGUUCCGUCGAUUCGUGGAAAACAUAAUCCGUAAUGAGCGAGAGUGUUUUUCUGUGUGUGUCGGGAGCCGAUUGGAAAAAUGAAAUGUAAGGAGGAGUAGAAGAGAGAGAGAGAGAGAGAGAGAGAGAGAGAGAGAGAGAGAUGUAUUGAACAGAUAGGAAGACGGGGAUGACAAGGAGGGAGAGAUUUAUAAUUCGUUUUGUACAUAGACACUUGUAUUUUUCUACGUUCGACAUCGUAGCAGACUGUUAUUUGUGCGUAUCGUUUAUGUUUCAGAUCUGUUAAAGUUUGCUCUCGCCUGUUAGAAGCUUUCGCGGUCGCGCUUGUAACGUUACAACACACACGUACGCAUACACACACCUACACGCAUACACAUCCAUCCACACACCGUUCGCGUUUACGUUUCGAUCUUCCGUGCGUUCCGCAGGUGUGUCCGCGCACCUUCGUCGCUUGUCGCAGGUGUUGCACGCGCGUGCGCACACGCCGGGCGAGACUGAAGUGCGCGUAUCUCCGUGCGACCAUUACAUUUCUCCUUUCUGUCGGAUGUAUCUUGUCGAGGGAUGGAAAGAAAAAAAUUAAUCGUUAAGCUUAAAUUAAGAGAUCGGUUGACGCUGAAUCCCGCGAUUGCACGCGGGGGAUUUCACCGUCGUGGUUUUUUUCAUCCGGACUCGCCUCGGCGUUUCGCGCUCUCGAGUUCCCGUUUCCGUAUCGCGCACGGAAUCACCGGUACGUCGGUAUUCGGUGCGACCAAGUGCGUCGACGAACGGCGAGAGGGAGGGAGGGAGGGAGGAAGAACCGAGGGAGAACCGAGGAAUUGUCAUCUUUCGCGCUGUGUCCGGCACACGUACACACACAUAUUGUGCGCGUUUUAUCUCUCAUUUUCGACGACUCUCGUAACGGUGAAAAGCUAACACUGAAUCGUACCUAACUUUUCGUCAUACGCGUGCGUCGAGCGAGCCUUAGACCUCUAGGACGAUCCGCGGCUGCGUACGGCAGUGGACGGAAAGCGACUUGCACUGCGAGUGUCGCGUCGAGCUGUGCACGAGAAGCGAAUCCGGCUGCUGUCUUAGCGGGAUGAAAACGUCAGAGGGAGAAAGUCGUUCCGCUCGCCCUGUGCGACGAGAAGAAGGGAGAUUGAGAGAGAAUAGAUGCGGAUCGCCCGAGUGGUGCGCGCGACCAAACAUCGUCGUGAGAAUUGCGACCGGCCGAUCAGCCGGUGAACACCAAUCUCUCGAUGCGCGAUUCUUCGCGCGCGGGCGCUCAUCAACGAAUUUCCAUGCCUUUGGCGUAGCGUUAAAACACUGGAGGGAUGAAGGAUAGAGAGAGAGAGAGAGAGAGCUUAAGUAGAUCGCGAGGGGCGCGACGCACGACUGACGAGGCCCCGUCUCUUCCUCGGCAAUUGACGGCCGUCAAUAGCGGGGACGCCGCUUACGGUGUCGAAGUGCGCGCGCGACGAGGACGGAGAGGCUGUUUAAACAAAUCAAAUUCUUAUAUAGAUCGUUAAGGUUACACACACGAAGAACGUGGCACAAACUAUUACACGCGAAUUAUACGUGUUCUGUGAUCGCAUACAUCUAUAUAUAUAUGUAUAACACACACUUACACAUAAAGCGGAUAUAUAUAUAUGUAUAUAUAUAGAUACAUAUAUACGCAUAUUUACGAUUAACUCGGCGAAAGAGAGGUAGAGAGAGAGNGGGGGGGGGGGGGAGUGUGUGCACGUGACGUUGCGCGCGCGUGCGCGCGCGCGCGAGUACGCGCCUAACCGGAAGAUUGACGAUUCUACGUGUAGAGUUUGUAAUUACGGUGUCUCUUUAUUAUGUAACCGUGCGUGGGGCGUGCAUGUGCGGUACGCGUGCGUGCGUGCGAGCGAGCGAGCGAAUGAUCGACUCGUUCGCAUCUCGUGUGAUCUCGGCGAGGAGAAUCGAAUGCUCUGGAACGCGAAUUCGUUCUCUCUCACGGACGGUUUCUCGAUCUCAAUUCAGACAACGAUCGACGACGAAUGGCGCGCGCCGCUUGCUUCCGCACUAUUCGAAACUCCGCCGAGGAAUCGGGGAAAACAGGGAUAGAAAUUCCGGCGAAUCGUCGAUAAUACGAGUCUCGGCGGCGAAAUUAUCGCAAUGGAUAAAUCGUUCUUGCGAAAUGUCAGAGAAUUCCGACGUGUGCGGUCGAUUUCGACUUUUUCACGGGAGGUAACUCGUCGCGACCACGCUCGUCCCGAUCCUCGAUCGUCCUCUAUCUAGUCUAUCGGGAAGCGCGACAAGCAGAAUAAUGCAGCCCCCCAGCCGUUCCCCGGUCGCGGACGCGCUCUCCCCGCAACACCGGGGGAGACUCCGUUCCGCGACGCCGCGAAGUCGCGUUCCAGAGUGCCGGUUCGGACACAAACACACGUGCCACGCGUAUGCACGCACGGGUCGUCCGAACGAUGCUGAACCAAUGGAUAAGCAGUAAACAGCGAGACCCCUUCGACCAACAGCGGCGCGUUUUUCUUUCCUUAGAUGAUGUCUCUACAUAUCACUCCGAGAGUUUAAAUAGAAACGCGUCUCGCUUAUCUCGUCUCGCCGGAGGAGCCGAGAGUCGGCGGAACCAACAAUCUGGCGAUCGAACUUUUUCUCUCUUUGCUUUGUGCGCAUCGUGUCUCGCCGCUUUUGUCGAGCGGCGACAGCGGGCUGAGCGGGUGUGAUGGAGGGAGGGAGGGAGGGGCGAUUGCGAUCCGACGUGGCGAACGUCCGCAGUUCGUCGCGCGAACGACAGUAUUUUCAGUUUCCUUAUCUUUUCUUCUUUUUUUUUAAUUAUUUCCUUUUUCGGUUUCUACUGUUUUCUUUGUUCUCGAAUACUCUCUUUCUCUCUGUUUUCCCCAUCAUCCGUCUCUUUUCGUUUGUCUUCUUUUUUACCCCUCUCUCUCUCUCUCUCUCUCUUUUUUUUUCUUUCUUAUACGUACCUCCUUUGUCUUUCGUUUUCUUGAGAUGUAUCGUCGGCUGAGCACAUUUCUCUCGCUGAUUUUCCUAUCCACGACGGAGACAGCGAUCGCCAUCGACGACGUGAUGCCCGGCUGGCGAAUCGUCGCCUUGGCAGUGUCUUUCUUUGCUUUCUUGUACAGUUAUUCGUGAAUCGCAAGUCGAACAGCGCGUCGGCGCCGCCGUCGAGUCGCGCCAACGGCGAGCAAGCGCGGACGAAAACGCGAUAUCGAUCAUGGGAUCUUACGGUAGAUUAUUUCUAAUUAGAUUCUCGGCCGGUGCGCGCAUGUUCGCGAUGCGAGAGAGCUCACAGGUAUACGAAGUUGAAACCAAAGACAUGUACGAGACAACGACGUUGCGAUCGCUCGAACUCCUGUUUUUCCUUUUUUCUUUUUCUUAAUCACUGCACAUAUGUCGACGCAUAAAUUAUUUCGAACGAGACACAUUUACCGGAU